AUGUUCUCGCUAAUAAACAAUCCGGGUCCGGUGCUAAGGUCAAGCGAUCGCCGCCGUCCACAGAGUAUAUCGCCAUCCACCUCAACGUUACUGCCCCGCGUGGUCCUGAACCGCAUCGAUCCCCAUGAGUUUGAACGCAUUCGAGUUUCGUACAAGGUUGCCAUCCGAAGCACCCGCAGCAGUCGUACUAAUAGCGGGGCUCAUCCUGGCAUGAACAUGGGCCAAAAGAUCAGUGGAGGUGUCAAAACGGUCAGCAGCCGUGACCAACCAUCGCCCUUUAUCCCGAAGAUCCCACACGAACUGGCGGCGCACUUCCAGCGUCCGGCCCGACUUGAUCUCCUGCUCGAUAUGCCACCGGCCGCUCGCGAAACGCCGAUCAAAUACUCCUGGAACUCGGAGGACCGCUCGCUCAAUGUGUUUGUGAAGGAGGACGACAAGAUGACAUUCCACCGGCACCCGGUGGCACAGAGCACAGACUGCAUACGGGGCAAGGUGGGCUUCACCAAGGGACUGCACGUGUGGGAAGUGUUCUGGUCGACGCGGCAGCGAGGUACGCAUGCUGUGAUCGGUGUUUCCACAUCCGAGGCACCACUCCACUCCGUAGGUUAUCAAAGUCUGGUCGGUUCGAACGACCAGAGUUGGGGCUGGGACUUGGGGCGCAAUAUGCUGUACCACAAUUCGAAAACCUGCCCCGGCGUCACGUACCCAGCGAUACUUCAGCCAGACGAGACCUUCCUAGUGCAGGACAAAUUCCUAGUAGCGUUAGACAUGGACGAGUUCGACAUGAUAGACCGCCUAGAGAUUGUUCGCCAAGAUGACAACUUUAAGCCACUGGUGCCCUCCGAGUCCGACCACCGCUGCCCUAGUUUGAACGGUUCGAAGUGGUGGUGCCAGUGUCAUUGCUCUUCUUAAUUUCGAAGGCUCACCACCGCCUCACCAACCAAAGCCUACAUCGCUCUUCAACCAAGGCCCAUAACAGCUCGAUGCUGUCUUAGCAGUUUAAUGAGCCCAACCUAUGAACCUAUCACCAUACCCGUUGUUUAUUUUUAUCAUGAAAUAAGAAAUACGUUCCACUUUAUCCAUCAAUGUAACCAACAAA